CCGCGGAGAAGCCGGCCCGGCUUUGCGGGGCCCGUGGCGAGGGGAGGCGGCCCGGCGGUGUCCGCCCUGUACCUGACUGCUCUGCUUCUCUGCUAGCACCGGGUCGCGGUUCCGUUCCGUGCUCGGUGUUCGCGGGUGCGCGUACCGAGCCGUGAAUUGCCGUCGUGCCAAACCCCGAGAAGUGCCGAGUGCUGCCGGUCGCUCCGCAGCAGGUCGCGUAGCAUCUGCUGGCGCGCUUGAACUCCCUGUCUGCUUGUAGGGUUGUUGGAAAGCAACUGGCUCCUCGGGAUUCCUUGCCUAAUCAGAGGUGUUACCUCCUCCUCCUCUUCCCCCAGUGUCUCUUGACAUCAUUUCAUCCAUCAGAGUUUCAGAGGAAAAAAAACACCAACCAAAGCAGAACCCACCCAGUCUGAGAGCAGCCCACACCAGCCCCUCAGUUCUGCCGUGACUGCAGGGAAGAGCUGGAUCGGGGCAAAGAUGAAGGAUGGGAGCGGGGCUGAGCUCCAUGUCCUGAGGGAUUUGGUGCAGGGCGAACCGAGAGGAAUCCAGAGCGGUGCACCAGCUGGCAUCCCCCGUAUCCCGGGAGGGGAUCAGUAAGCCCCGCGAUCGCGCGUAGGGAUGCGAAGGUGCUUGACCCACGGGAAAGAAGUAGCCCUCAAGCUGCGUUUGCCCCUGCUCGUCCUUGUUGCUCCAUGGGAUAUCUUCUGUCCCCCGCAACUGACCUGAUGUGGACCGAAGCGUUUCUAACAUGAACUUUCUCCCUGGCAUCUGGUGGUCUCUUCCCUUGGUCUUGGUCUGGGCGACCCCACCAGUCACCUCCUCAUGGUGGUACAUGGGCGCCGUGAGCUCGUCGCGGGUGAUGUGCGACAACGUGCCGGGCCUGGUGAGCCGGCAGCGGCAGCUGUGCCGGCGGCACCCCGAGGCGAUGCUCUCCAUCGGCCGCGGCGUGGCCGCCUGGACGGCCGAGUGCCAGCACCAGUUCCGCCGGCACCGCUGGGACUGCAACGCCCUGGAGCGGGGGCAGCGCCUGCUCGGCCGCGUCCUGCUGCGCAGUAGCCGAGAAUCUGCUUUUGUACAUGCCAUCUCCUCUGCUGGAGUUGUUUUUGCCAUCACCAGGGCGUGUAGCCAAGGGGAGCUGAAAUCCUGCUCCUGUGAUCCCAAGAAGAAAGGCUCUGCCAAGGACAGCAAGGGCAAUUUUGACUGGGGCGGCUGCAGUGAUAACAUUGACUAUGGCAUUAAAUUUGCCAGAGCCUUUGUGGAUGCCAAAGAACGGAAAGGAAAAGAUGCCAGGGCACUGAUGAACCUUCACAACAACAGAGCUGGAAGGAAGGCCGUGAAGCGGUUUUUGAAACAGGAGUGCAAAUGUCACGGUGUGAGUGGAUCCUGCACUCUAAGGACCUGCUGGCUGGCCAUGGCAGACUUCAGGAAAACAGGAGAUUAUCUGUGGAAGAAAUACAAUGGAGCAAUUCAGGUGGUCAUGAAUCAAGAUGGCACGGGUUUCACUGUGGCUAAUAAGAAAUUUAAGAAGCCAACUAAGAAUGACCUGGUAUACUUUGAGAGCUCUCCAGACUACUGUAUCAGGGACAGGGAUGUAGGGUCCCUUGGGACAGCCGGCCGGGUGUGCAACCAAAGCUCCCGUGGCAUGGACAGCUGCGAGGUGAUGUGCUGCGGCAGAGGCUACGACACCUCCCGCGUCAGCAGGAUGACAAAGUGCGAGUGCAAGUUCCACUGGUGCUGCGCUGUGCGCUGCCAGGACUGCCUGGAAGUGGUGGACAUUCACACCUGCAAGGCGCCAAAGAGCGCUGGCUGGAUUGCCCGGACAUGACGCACGGGCUGCUGGGCUGAGGACCACAGCCUUUGCCCUUCCUGGUCCAUGCAGGGAUAGCAUCAGAGAUCUUUUUUACUUCUAUGCCUGGUUUGCCUUCGUUGUUCAUUGCAGAGAUGCUGCUGAAAAAUUGAUGUCAACCCUGCAGCAUUUACUUUGCAUUUCUGCGUGACAGCGCUGCUGCAGAGCUGUCUCUGGAAGGAUGCAGCUCUGGAAGGAUGUACUUAUGCCAAGACUCUUCCAGCCAUCGUGCAACUGUCCCCCAGAACCCUUGUGGCAAUUCAUUCCUGCCAUCAGGAACACAAGAAGAUAAAAAAUAUGGCACUUUUACAAGAUCACCACCACCAACUGCAUGGGCUGGGCUUGCUCAAGCAUCUUCUGAAGGAUCUUGGGCAGGUCACAGUUGGGCCCUGGAUACUGAAUGGCUCAGGAGUUUGAGCACUGGGUGGUGAUUUCCCCAUGAAAGACAAUUUGCAGCCAGAUUGGUGAAAAACUUUACUGGAAGGGUGUUUGUUCAUCCCUGGUGGACUGGAGCUUCCAGUAAGGUGGCCACCUGAGGCCACCCUGGCCUCCAUUAGCACACUGUGACUUCCUGUGGGGUAGGAAUUGGCCCCUGGCCUAAACCAAAGGAAAUUGCAGGAGAUAUAUUCAGCCGCUUUGAACUAUUAGAGUCAAAGCAAAUGUCUUUGUUAUAUCUUUGUGAAAACUUGCCUUAAAAGCUUCUAAAAAUAAUAUUAACUGCUGAGGAUUUUUUUUCUUCUGACCUGAAGGAUUGAAGAGAAUGGUUUUUCACCCUAGUGAAAGCUGGGUACAGGACACUCAACUACCUAAGGAUAAGGUUUCCUCUUUUUCACAUACACAAUAGUGGAAAAAUGUUUGCAAACAGUGAUGGAGAAGGAAAUGCCUUGCCUCAGUAAUGACUUGGAUUCCAAAGAAGUUAUCAGCUUCUAUGUUCCUUUAAAGUUAAUAAAUCUAUUAAAUGUGCUCAAAAUUAUACUUUCCACUCAGAUGAAGACAUCCAAAUUAGAUUUUUUUUUCUGCAUAAUUUCUGCCAGACUGCAUAUCUAUGAUUUGGAGUGUAUCAGCUUGUAAUGGAGGCAGUUACAGGUUGUGCCAGGUCCAUAUGCUGGCCUGGGAUCAGCACAAAACAACAAGUUACUGUAAAAAUGUGCAGGCAUCUGUGACCCAGAAAUUGCAGCCUUGGUGGAGAGGAACUGGGUCAGAGAGGGACCAGCUGCCUCUCCUCAGGGCAGAGAUCAGCAACAUGAACCAAGAGAAAAAUGAGUUCUGUGCCAAUAAGUAUAUAAGGCUCUGAAAAAGCACCCAUGAAGAGUAGAGACAGGCAAGGUAAUGAAAAAAUAACAUUGGAAAAGGAAUGAGCGAUAGAACACACUGUAGAUGAAAAUACAAUUUCCAUGUGAAAAUGAAAUAGACUGAAGAACCCUAGCAGGUACAAACAGUGCGGGAAAAAGUAAUAUCCAAGUAGGUAAGCAAGGCGAUAAAAGGAAUACUCUGGGUAUGUUUGGCUUUUGGAACUUUCAAGAAAGACUAUUUAAAAAGAAGGGGGUUUGGCAUUAAGUGGUCUUGAGGGAGCAGUCAUUUACAUCUGCAAGGCUUUCGAAAAAGUUUGUAUCAUUAAAAUGGGUAAUUCAUCUCCAGAAGGCACAGCUGGUAUUAAAAGAUUAGGAGGCUCCAGAAAGUUCUUUAUUUGGACAAUAAGAUAAGGUUUCAGUUACUGUACAUGGAAAUGAGCAUGGCUAGAGGUAACAAUGAUCACACUUCUGUCUAUAAACCAACUGCUGGUGGGAACAGCCAUGCCCACGUGUCCGUGCCCGUGCAGUGUAUGUAUGAGAUGUACAGAUGUACCCAUGGGCAGCUCAGGGGUUAUACUGCUGACCUCUUCAUUGCUGCCAAUUCUGCCUCUGGGCUGGAUAAGGAAAAUUUCAUACAUAAUUGCAUUUAAAGGUGAGCUCCAAGGAGAAUUUUUAUUGGGAUUUCACUGUGAAAUUAAAUCCACAUGUAGUUUGUAGGCUCAGCAAUAUCAUACUUUAAGCCUUAAAGAAUUUAAAAGCAGUAAAAUAAUUUUUAACCUUUUAGAGCUGUUUUUUUUUUUAAAGAUUCAAGGAGUCUGAGUAGUCUAAAGGAUUACCUAUUUAAUAAAGUUGAAAAUAUUUCAAUGUUGUGGAAAAAAGAAAAAAGGCUCAUUCUUGCAAGAUAACUUGUUCUAGGUAAUUGAAUGAAGGGUAAUGAAAUCAGAUCUCUUCUUAAAUCUGUUAUUUGUUUAAUAUUCCAGAAAAUCAACUCACCUGAAUUUUGCAGUCCCAGAUAAAGUGUUUUGGAGUCACUGUAUUAAAAGUGACUUAAAUAAAACUUUUAUUCUCCAACCUGGUCCUCCUCCGCUACUGCACAUCUUCCUGUUCCAAACUUUCCUCUGAGUCAGAGGCCUGUAGUUCCUGAAGGCUGGUCUUACCUGGACCAGGAAGAUGAGGGCAUUGAGUCCCUUGGCCUUUCCAGUGUCCUUUGUCACCCUGUCCAGCAGGAAGCCCACCCAGCUGUGCACAGCAGGCUCAUGUUGCCAUUUUGGGCAUGCGCUGUAUCUAUAAGCUGUGAUGCAACGCCUGCACCAAACCCACUGCACCAGAGGGAACCCAGAAUAUUUCACAGAAUAACAAAUGGGUAAAUGCUGAGCUGGCCACUUGAGAACAGUUUUUUUCUGUAUUUAUAAGGUUUUCUUGGUUGUUUUUUUUUUUUUUUAAGAGCUCAAGGUAGACUUCUCACAGUUGUAGGCAUUUCUGCUGCCUCUUCCACAAAGAAAUGCACUCCCAGAAACUUUUGCUAUUUCUUAGUGGCAAAAGACACUCAGAGAUGUAAAUAUUGCUAGGAAAGGUGCCUCCAUGAUCUUCAGCAAAUAAAAAAAACAUUAUAAGAGAGGGGAAAAAAGAGAAAACAAAAAAAAAUAAACAAAAUUAGGCAUGGCAAAUGAAAUAAUACUGUAGUUUUGUUCUAUGGAAUAAAUUUACUCAUGUACUUAGUCAUGAAGAGGAAACAGCUGUCUCUAGGUAGACUUUUUAAUGUCAGAAUAAUGUUAGCGGAGGCUAAAGGUUGUAGAAUUAUUUUUUUAAAUACGCAGUCCAAUUUUCUUGAGGGAGUUCCCUUUAAUUUGCUGCAUGAACUCAGAAUUUAGCAGCGCCCUGAAACACUGUUAGCCUGCCAAGCUUUUUUUGGGAUUGCUUCCUCCCCACUAUUUUCAACAAACUUUACCCUAAAAAGUGUGCUGUGCUGUUAUGGGUGAAAUCUCAUUUCAAAAGUUUAAUUUUCUUUUACCACAUGGAAAACGAGGAAUGACUUCAGAAUGGUGGUGUACAUUAGGACAUGUGGGCACUGAAGCUUGAGAGAUUGCUGCUUUUUCUUUUCCUGGGAAAAUGUCUAAAACCAAUUUGUGCAUCUCAUGCUGGCCUCCCAUCCCUGUGUGCACUUCUUUGCAGAGGUGAAUUAGAAAUAAAAUGCUGCAUUUCUGGUACCGCGCUGCACAGCUGCUGAAGGCGCCCAGCCUGCAUGCCCCAAGCACAGCUGCUGGUCCCUGCCUGCAGGCCCCAGCUUCCUGUGGGGCUUGGUGUACGGGGGCAAGAGGGAAAGGAAUGUUCAGGGAUUACUGAAGAGCUGGAUCUGGGGAGGGUGCUUUUGCUAAGGAAAACCAGCUCUGACUCCAGUGUGGCAGCACAAAGUGUACCAAGGCUCUCUCUUCUCCAUGGCGUGUGCCUCACACUCUUUAGGAGGGCUGCAUGCAGGGGGUGGCUGCCUCCAAGGGCGGAAGUGGUUUUGUCCCAUGUCACAGCCUGCAGGCUUUAUCUGCCCCUUCAAAUGAUAGAAAUGAACUUAUAUUAUUAUCAGAAAGACAGAGACAGCUCAUGGGCUGCAACGACAAAUGUGAUUUUGGGUUGUAACUUUUGUGUAACGGGUCAUUUGCCUGGGGAAAUGGAUGCAACUUCAUAAAGUUAAGAUCUCUUGUGAGAAAGAAGCAAAUGCAUAUGACUCAAUACAUUGACAGCUCUCUCUGUUGUGGGAGCUGGGCUGGAGCCCUGCUGGAAGCUGGGUGGAGCCAGAGGCUACCUUUUACAAUCUGCUCUAACUAGAGCCACUGAGGUUUUCAGGGCCACCACAGGGUGACAGCCACACUGGCUGUGAAGGGGCAUGUGUGGUGUGUGCAAGAGGUGCACCUUCCUCUGGAUGUUCACCUUCUGCAGGUUUCUUCAACGUGGCAAAACUCCUGAUAAUUUUCCUCCUUUCUGCUGGGGUAAGGACUUCCAUGCUCUGAAAAAACUGUACGUUCAGCAUACACACCAAAUCACAAAAAAGAGAAAGCAGCAGCUAGAGAAAGCAGCAGCCCUCCCCUUGGUGCAGCACUCACCUCCCUGAGCGCAGUUCCUGCCGGGAGCAGCUGGUCAUCUACCCAGUGGGAGGGGGCCAGCCUGACUUGACACUCCUGGGGGUUCCUCUCUUUUUUUGUUCUAUGCAGGUUAUAGUGUAAAGAGAUAAUGUGCAUACAAAUUCUAUUCAGUAAGUUGUCUUUAAAGAAAAAAAAAAAACAAACCAGGAACUGCUAACAUUUGGAGUGAAAAAGCUUCCUCCACCCCUAAAUCUGAAGAUGAGUUAUUAUCUGAACCAGAUUUCCACAAGGCUCAUCUCUGCACUAAGCCAGAGGCUUUCCAUCAUUAUAAUCAUGGGCUGUGUUUGCUUUUUGUUCUGAGCUUCACAGGAAACAUGUCAGAGGCAGCAAAGCCUAAGGCAAUAAACUGCCCAAUGAGAAAGAAAAUUCUUUUUUCUGAUUUGCCUAGUCUUCCAGAUGCCUAGAAUUAUAAUUAAAGAGAGAUUUUUCCAGAUACAAAAAUCCAUGGCCCAUUACUACUUAUCAGGGAGAUGGAUACUAGAAAUAGUAGAAAUAAAAUUGCAUAAUGUCUGAAUUCCUAAAUAUUCCCCACAGUCCUAGGAAAGGAUGUGAUUCUUCUAGGAGUCAAGCAUUCCUUUUUAUCAGAGUAAUACAGAUAGUAAUUCCCGCACAGAUCAUAAAAUCUUCGAAUAGAAGGCCAAACUACUACCUCAGCUGCUGACAAACAUGGAGAUUGGUGUAUAGCCGGUAUACACUGAUGGGCAAAUGCAAGCACGUUUGCAUCUAGGACUGUGAAUCACAGCAAUUUAUUCGUUUGAAAUGUAGGGUACAGGUGGCUGGGAAUAAGUCAUACAAAGCAGCACAGGACAAGAGCUGACUGUGCCUGAUCCUUCUGAUUUUCAGCAGCCUUAAAUGAUUCUGACAGUGCUGUUUUGAGGCAAACAAAUCAGUAUGGCUAUCCCUAGUUUUUCAGCUGGAAAUACACAGCAGCUCCUGCCGUGAGGGUGUUUGCUGUGGCUGCUCUAGCAAUUCAGAUGAAAAUAGGAGAACUCCCAAUAUUGGUCCAAUCAUACUUGCACAUGCUCAUCCACCAGCAAUCCAUUACCUCUAAUCUUAUGCCACAUCCUACAUUAACUGCAACCCAGACUAAUGUCAACAUUACAGUGAAUUGUUUAGCAGGAGUAAUAGCCAGAGAUGAUAAACCUGUACGGAAACCCCCAACAGCCACACCAGGUCUAACAUUUGUCUGUGGGGCUCUCUGGUCCUCAAGACCUUGGGGCUUGCCCAGGUCUCACUCUUACAGCUGAUUUCUCCUGGCUGAGGCUGGCUUUUUUAAUCUUGCAGCACAGCAGUGUUUGUAUGGUACUUCUCACUUGAACAAACACCUGUCUACACUAGACUGUGUCUGCGAUCAAGUGAAAGAAUGUAAUGCAUCUUCUAUUGUUAAGAAACACUUGCCUUUUAUACCAGUACUAGUACUGGGAGUUUUGUCCCUGCUCACUCAUUUCCUGAUUGAUAAACAAACUUAUCUGCUGGUGAUCACAGUCCCUUAAACUGCUCUGCAUUUUGAGAGCAUCAAGAGAUUUUGAAACAAGUGAAGUUGAAAUGGUAAAAUGGCAUUUUUGAUCCACCGCAUCAAGGUUAUGCUUCCUUAUCUGGAAGGUGAGCUGGAAAAGAAAUCCUUGAGGCACCUGUAAGGAUGCGCUUCAAAUUCUUGACAGAAAGGACUGCUUCCUUCAACUUCCUGAACAAAAUCUUCAUUUUAGACUGGCCUCAGAAGUUCCCAUCAACGGUGGCUAAGUCAUAAACGAAUAUUUAGUCUAAACAGUCACAACAGAAGGAUAAGAUUUCCUGAGGUGAGCACUAACAUUGAAACAUCAGCCUCUCUAUUAAUUGUGCAUGAACUAACACCCAUUUUCUAAUGAGCCUUUAGAAGGUACCUGAAACACCAGGGGUGUGACGAAAAUCUGUCAAAUAUGUGGGUUUAUUGAAAAUUCAAAUGAGGAUACAGUGGCCUCUGUGCAGAGAAGGGACUCAGAAGCCCAGUGUGCCAUCCAAACUGCCUGGAGAGCCUAAAGCUGCUUUAAGCAGGAGCUUUAACUGUCUAGAAGCCUCACCCAGACUGCAGAAGUGAUGCCUCACCCUAACUGAACUCCUCAAGAAAAGGCAGUGACAAUGUUGUUUAAUUGUAACAUUA